AUGGGCAGCGGAGCUGCUAUUCCACUGCCUCCUGGGCCGACUGGGUUCCCCACCGAUAGUCGUGGCAGAUGGCGAACCAAAGAGAUGCCACAGAAAGCAGGCAGCCAGGCCAACGGCCACGAGACAGUGCUCACCGAACUUGAGGAUGCUUCCUACACCUUGCUGCCUGGGCCAUGGUGCCCACCACUGAAGCCUCUGCGGCCGUGCGAAGAGGCAGCUCUGCGCAAGGCACCGGAAAGGCGAGAGGCCUUGCAGAAGAAGCUUCGCAAUGAGAUGGCGCGCUACUUCGCCGGACAGGCACCUCUUUCCUUCUGA